UAAAGUAUCAACUCAACAUUCAAACUAACAAAUUCGUGAUAUAUGAACAAUUCUUUCAAAGAUUUCAUUCUCUGAGCGAACGUCUUAAAUACAAAGUCGACACGCGGUGUCCACGUCUUCCGCACAGUUGUCGCGACAAUUCACAUAUAUCAACUGCGGGCGGCGACAUUUUUAGCGUCCAACACGCGUUUUUAGCUACAAAAUGACACGCCAAUAAUUUUAGAUCGCGGUGUUUGUGAUACGGAGGCGUAACACGUUGGACUGUAGUGUAGGUACAAUGUAUUUAUUAUCAGUUGCGGUUUGAGAGCCCGUUGAGACGACCACUUUCAUAAAACGGUACUGGUGGCGCUCUUUACAUUUUUUGAACAAUAAAUACAACAAUCUAGAAAAAUAAAAAAUAUACAUAGUCAUUAAAAUUAACGUUAAUAAAUUUUAGUGCUGUGAAAAUAUUUUAUCGAUAAACAAUUGUGCGACUCAAAAAUGCCGAUAGUGUUCAGUGCUGUAGCUAGUGACAGAAGCAUAGUGUCCAACUUCGCGUCUUGCGAUGGAAACUUCACUGAAAUUGCUGAACAAGUGCUGUCUAAGUUACCGGCUUGUAACAAUAAGAUGACAUAUUCACAUGGCACGUAUCUACUGCAUUACAUAUCGGAAGAUGAUUAUUUAUACUUCUGUAUAACAGACAAACUAUGCCAACGAUCCAGGGCAUUUUUAUUCCUGAACGAGAUACAAAGGCAGUUCAUAGCAAGCAGGCGAAGUAAAGAAGACUUCACGACGGUGUUAGCAGCCGAAAUGUAUCGAUACAGCGAGGACUACAACACCAUUGUUAUCAGAAAAGGCGAACUGGAUGAACUAAAUAGUAUUGGUGUCGGAUGCAGUGAAAGUAUUCUGGGCGAGAAGAUUCUGUAUAUCAACAAUCCACAUAUAAUUUCAUACAGUACUAUCUCUCACAUAAGCGCGACUCCAGCACUUCUAUCAGUAUCAGCCACGAGUUCAACUGAAGGAGAAACAAAAGAAAGUCUACCUUCAGACUCAGUAUCACAAUUAGCCAAAGAAAACAAUACUUCAAGAGACAUAUCAACAGUCUACCCAAAACAAGAAAGUAUAUCAGUAAUACCACCAAAGGAAAGUGUACAAAAUAUGUCUGCAAGACUGUACAUAGUAAUUGUAGGUAUGAUUAUACUUGUAAUAGCAAUGUCUGUGUGUGCCUUCGGACCGAUUUCCUGUGUUGUGGUCACUGGUAUAGGAAUAUAUUCGCUCUUACGAUCUUACGUUGGUUUUAAGAAUAAAGUUGAUUAGGUCAUUUAAAAUUUAUGUUUAGCAUUUAAUUAUAGGUCUAACUUUGGAAUAUGGAAGCACUUUUUGUUGAUAUUUUCGCACAUUGGGUGUAUUAAAUGCAUUUUACUGUA